AGUACAUUGAAAGUGCAAAUUUUGUACACGCGUUUUCACGCAUCGUUCGCCACAAUGGAAAACCUGGAGAAUAAUAAAAACGUGUCUCUAAGUUUGAUCGCUGAAUAUGGGGCUUCAGACUCAGAUUCUGAUGAUACAGAAACACAAUCCAACGAACAUACUGGCAAUGAUGAUUCAGAUGCAGCCGAACUGAGUGAAAUGGUGCUGAAGAAUAACAUAAUAAAUGCUUGCGCGCACGGCCCUUUAUCUAGGCCUAAAGCUGUCCUUGCUGAAACGUCGAGGCAUAUGAUCAUAGAUAACUGCGAAAGUGGCAUUGUGGAGUAUGAAGUGACUGAAUAUAGGGAUGUAGACAGCGAUUCCGAUUCAAGUUCCUCGAGUGAUUCCAGUGACAGUGAUGUUGACUCCGUGAAAGAUAUUGAAGAGAUUUCUAGCGGCGAUGAAACAGAAGGGGGCAAAGCCGGUAAGCCGGAUGCCGUAAAAGUCCAUGGGGAAUUAGCUCUGGAUGACUUGCCACCAAUUGAAGACCUCGCUAUAAGCUUGCCGGCCCAGGAGACCAUCAAAAUUGGAACCAUUGCCAGCAUAGUCGAUAGACUAGUUGUAGUCCGGGCGUUUCCUGAGACACCUGCAGUGGAUCUGGACAGUGUUCUGUUCCUCGAAAAUGGGGCGAAAGCGUUAGGAAAAGUCUUCGAUGUAUUCGGGCCAGUAACAGAGCCGCACUACUGCGUGCGAUUCAACUCUCAGGACCAUGUGACGGAGCGCGGUGUGCAGCCUGGCAUGGAGGUCUUCAUCGCACCGCGCAGCCAACAUACCAACUAUGUUUUCCUUUCGGAACUUAUGAAAAUACGAGGCUCGGACGCAUCGUGGCUGAACGACGUAGAGCCUCCAUCUCAUCAACUCGAUUACUCAGACGACGAGGAAGAACGAAGAGCGAAUAGAGCUAGGAAAGAGUCCAAACAAAAACACGAAGACUCCGACGGAGAAACCUCAAAACAGAAUCCCAGAAAGAUGGCAGAGCCCAGACGGAACCAAAGACCUUCAGAGUCGAGCAGCAGAUUUGGCAGCGGACCUAGUAGGGGACGGAAUCCAUUCUCAGCUGGAUCUAGGAGAAAUAAUCCAAAUUCUUUCACUAGGUUCGCAAGACCGUGGGGCAAUUUCGAUAUGCGGACACCACCUCCCCAUCCAAACGAUCCAAAUCAGCCCCCGUUCUCUGCGCCUCCAAAUUUCCCUAGUGGACCUCCCAUAUUUCCACCCCCCUUUAAUCCAAGUACCCCUCCCCCUUUUAUGGGCAACACAUUCCAUUUUAGAGCGAACCCUAGAAUGGGCGGUCCCAUGAACAUGCCACCUUUCAGACAAAAUGUUCCUAUAUUCGGCUCUCCCUAUUGCAACUCUGGGCCCCCUCAGUGGGUCAACGGGCCCCCACCCCCGCCGGGGACUUAAACGCACACGAUUUCUAGUUUUUUAAGAUAUCUCAUAAUAUUAGUCGAUAGAUAGUUGUCUAACAAUACUAAAGUGUGGUUAUCCAAAAACAAAAUCUAUAUUUAUAUAAAAUAAAUUACUU